UUUGGACAACAGCCACGGAUAAUGGCGAUGAUACUGAACCUUUGUAUGGAUCUGUAGGGAAUCAAGGCGACGGUCCUCCACAGCAAAGGAAAUAGAAUAGGUACAGUAAGCUCAGCCUUGACGGUUAACAUUCAAUUGUUUCCCGUUUGCUGUGGCAGUUGUCCUUUCCUUUCGCCUUUUCUCCUCCUCCUCGGGUCACAGUUUUCUGCAGGCAUGGGUUCACAACGAGGUAUCGUAACCGUACUGGGCCCAGUGUCCCAAGUUAUUCUACGAGAGCUUCCCUCCAGCUCUUCCCCCUUCCUGGAAGCUCCUGCCCCGUUCUGGGUGGAGCCCAUUUCAGGAAAUUUGAGGUUGACAGCAUCCCCACCGUAUGGUAAAAGGCAAAACAGGACAAGGGGAUCAAGAUGGGCAAUAAGAGCGAAAUGGGAGAAGAUCCGACAGGGGUUGUUAAAUGGUCCCUACCCGAUACCUUCAACCGACUAUCGCCGCCAUCCCCGAAUCAAGCACUCUUCCCUUCCACGAGUACUCGAGUACAGGUACCGUAGGCUACGAACAGCACGAGUGCUUUACAAUGUCAUAACCCAUUCUAAGCUACCUUUUUUUUCUCGCAUAGAGAUUCCUCCUCCCGCCUGCCAGCUUCAGCCCUCUGCCGGUACUUUACGUACCCCUUAUUGAUCGGCCAAAGCUACAAGCAUCGUACACGAUUCCAUUAGCUAAACACCGAGAUCCUAUAAAAAUUGCUCUCUCCCCCUUUAGCAAGGCUACACUAGAGUACAGUACAGUAUGCAGACACCUCCAUUUCAACAUCCUCCCCAACCCUCAUGCAAUGCAUAAACAGAAUGACCAGGAACCCCAGAACGAUAGAAUAACGACAUCCCAUUUAAACGCCACUAGCGAUUCUUGAACUUGCCCGCGAUCGGCUCCCCAUCACCGCAAAAGCGCCCACCCGCCACGAUAAACAAACAAUCACCCCCCCCCCCAAAACGAAAACACGACAAGUGCACUGCCUCCCGCACCGCCACCGCAUCCCGCACACUCCACCACCACCAAAAUCGCACUUUCUCCGCAUUGGCUAGAGAUUCGAGCCGCAUUUUUAUUGUCGAGAGGGGAAGAAAAAAGAAAAGAACAGGAACCUAAGUUGAUUCGGAAACCUGCACUUUGUCCCUGGCGGAUGGGAGAAAAUCUGCCUUUUCCAUCAUCAACCUGCAUUACGGCCCCGGCCCGCCUCUGCGAUGGGAAGGAGGGAAAGAAGGGGGAGGAAAAAAAAAGAAAAACCACAUCCACGACAGAGACCCAACCGUACUCGUACAGGUAUCUCUGAAAGUGCGCGAGAGAUGGUGAAAAAUCAUUCGUUUUAGGAAAAAUACGGAACGUCGGACAAUAACGUACGCGCAGGAGGCACGAAAGAGGGAUGAGAUAAAGUUAACCGCCCUCCCAUCCCCCGUUUUUCAGGUACAGCGCAGCUCAGCACAGCACAAUGCGGUAAUCGUAAAGUGCAGACUAAGCGCUCGAACAGUAUGUAUUACCGGCACCGCAGUGGGACCGUUGCGCCAGUUGCUCGUGUCAUGUAUGACACUAAAUAGCCUAAACUGGAGCGGAUGGGAGAUGGGGAUCAAAAAUACCGGUAAUCGGUUAUUGUUAACUUACCUGCAUUGCUUCGAGUCGGUGCGUGUCUCAGCCAGUGGGCUGCGGAUUGGGGGUGCGUUUAAGCUUCUUUCUCAGUGCUAUUUUGCUCUCAAUGCUGUGGGCUCAGCCUCAUCCGUAUGGUAGGGUUGGCUGGGUGGGUUUUUUCCCUUGGAUCUGGGGUAUCGAGCAUUACGGUUCCCCAUAAAUGGCGACCUAUUAAUGCACAGGGAUCCUCUGGAAAGUUUAAUAAUAGGUGGUUUGGCCGUCGGGCAGGGCAAUAUUAGCUGCUCUUACUUAUCGAGCUUUGCCCAGCGUCUCCGAACCCAGUGACUGACCACUCGUGAGGACUGGAUGCACGGAUACGAAUGGGCGGGUGAGAGGGGGUGAUUUUUCUGCGCGUUUAUUCCUGUCGAGGAAUUCAGUGUUUGUGGGAAGUAGUAUCGUAUUUAAUGGCUCUAGGUGGCGCAGUCAUCCAGCGCUGAUCACU